CAACAACAACAACAAGAAGCAGAUCCUUGCCAUAGUAGUAGUAAUAGUGUGUUAAUAGUUUAGAUUUGGGGACAUAAUAGUGCAUUUUGCAGAGUGGUCUAUACAAUAAGGUCCCACUUUAUAGUGUUCAUCUUGUCGGUGUUCCACUAACUCUGCAGUGUUCAAUUAUAGUCAUUGUUCAUUAUGUUCGGUACUUGUUCCGCUUUUCGGCAUUUUUCGUCAUGAUGCCUCAACAGCUGAGUCAGGGAAGGUCGUCCAGCGCCAUUUUAUUGUCUGAUUUAGCCUCUUUACAUCACAUGUGAACCCUUGUGGGUUUAGCACUUAGUUCUAAUUGUUCUGAUAAUAAUAGCAUCAAUUGUGGGCUUCGCAUCUCUCUAUAUUCUGACAUUAUUCCAAAGUUUUAAUGUUGUUACGUAUAUUAUAAUAUUUUUGUGUUAAUUACAAUGGCAUCUAAAGGUAGAUGUGUUAAAAAGAGGAGUCGUAAGGCUCUUACUUUAAAUAAAAAGUUAGAAAUGAUUACCCUUGGUGAGAAAGGUUUUACUAUGACUGAGAUAGGACGUAAGUUAGGUUUAGCUCGCCAGACUGUUAGUACAAUUGUUAAUGCUAAGGAGAAAGUGCUGGAUCAAGUUAAAAGUUCUACACCAUUAAACACUAAAGUUAUAAGAAAACGCGAUGGCCUUAUUGCUGACAUGGAAAAAGUUUUACUGGUGUGGAUUGAAAAACAAAGCAGUCAGAACUUGUCUUUAACCCGAGGCAUUAUCCAGGACAAGGCCUUAAGUAUCUUUAAUUCUAUGAAGGCUGAGAGAGGUGAGAAAGCUGCUGAGGAUACAUUUGAAGCAAGCAGAGGCUGGUUUCAAAGGUUUAAAGAUAGAUGCCAACUUAGCAACAAAGUUGAUGGUGAAAUAGUGUCUGCAGGAGGUUAUCAACGUGAGAUAGCCAGGAUCAUUGAAUGUGGAAAGUACACCAAACAUCAGAUUUUUAAUGUGGAUGAGAUUGCAUUAUACUGGAAGAAGAUGCCAUCUAGGACUUUCAUUGCUAAGGAAGAGAAGUCAAUGCAUGGCUUUAAAGCUGGAAAAGACAGACUAACGCUCUUGUUAGGGGUUAAUGCAGCUGGUGACUGCAAGUUAAAACCUAUGAUGAUUUAUCACUCAGAGAAUCCUGGGGCCCUAAAGAACUAUGUAAAAGGUAGUCUCCCAGUUUGUUAUAGAUACAAUUCCAAAGCUUGUAUGACUGGCGAACUUUUCAUAAAUUGGUUCACAGACUAUUUUAAACCUACAGUUGAGGCUUACUGCAAGAAAAAUAACAUUCCUUUUAAGAUUUUACUCAUUGCUGACAGUGCCCCUUGUCACCCUAGAGCUCUAAUUGGUAUGUACCAGGAGAUCAAAGUUGUUCUUAUGCCUGAAAAUACACCUUCAUUACUGCAGCCAAUGGAGCAAGGUUUAAUUGCAGCAUUUAAAUCCUAUUACCUAAGAAGUAUUUUCACUGAGGCUGUAAAUGCCUUAGACAGUGAUACAGUACUUGGGCCUAAACAAAAUAAAUUAAAAGCAUUUUGGAAAGAUUUCACAAUUUUGGAUGGUAUUAAAAGUGUUCGAGAUGCAUGGGAGGAAGUUAAAGAAAUUACACUGAAAGGUGUUUGGACGAACCUAAUUCCUCAUCUUUCGGAGGAUUUUGAAGGCUUUGAGAAUCUAAUGGAGGAAGUCACUACAGAUGUUGUAGAAAUGGCAAGGGAAUUAGACCUGGAAGUCAAGGCUGAGGAUGUGGAAGAAUGGCUUCGUUCUCAUGAUGAAACCCUAACAGAUAGAGAAUUUUUUCUGAUUGAAAAGCAAAGAAAGAAGUUUUGUGAAGAAGAGUUACAUACUGAUGACAGUCUGCCUUUUCCUAGAGAAAUGGCAUCCAAGGAAUUGAAAGAAGCUUUCAACUAUAUAGAAAUGGCAAUGGCAACUUUUGAGAGGAUUGACCCAAAUUUUGAAAGAAGUUCAAAAGUAAAUGCAGCUCUUUUAAAUGGUAUUGCAUGCUAUAAAGAAAUUCUAAGGGAAAGGAGACAAUCCAUAAGGCAAAAUUCAUUGCUUUUCUUUAAGAAAGUACCAUCGCAACCUUCGACAGCAACAGCUAGCCUUGAACAACCUCCAACAUCAAAGUCAACAGCAACUGCUAGCCUUGAACAACCUUCAACAUCAACAGCUAGCCUUGAACAACCUUCAACAUCAACAGCUAGCCUUGAACAACCUUCAACAUCAACAGCUAGCCUUGAACAACCUUCAACAUCAACAGCAACUGCUAGCCGUGAACAACCUCCAAGAACAAUAUCAACAGCAACCGUUAGCUUUGAACAACCUCCAACAACAGUGUCAGCAGCAACAGCUAGCCUUGAACAACCUUUAACUUUAAUACUAACAGCAACAGCCAGCCUUGAACAACCUUUAAUAUUAACAGCAAAACAAACUCCUACAAGAGCUUCAUCCAAGUCUGUACCAUCAAAACAAAAGUAUUUUAAGCCUGGAGGAACCUCAGAAGGUGAUGGUGGUGGUGCUGCUGGUUCUGUUGUCCUUACAUGUGGUACUGAUAACCACGCUGUUUGUAAUACCAUAGUUGAAAUAUCUAGCGAUGAUGAACCUAGCGAAUGCAUUGAUGGUGUUUCGGGAUAUGACUUACGCUUUAGUACUGGCGGAGUAAAACGGCCAGCUGUUGAUAGUGGGAAUCCUACAAAAAGGCUCAAGGGUACGUUACUCAUUGACCUGACUCAGCCUUCCACAUCAUCUGACAUGCCGGUGGCUCCUGCAAGAUCUGCCGUGACCUCUGCAACAUCAACUAACAUAUCAUUUCCUUUAUCUGCUGCAGAUAAAGUGAAGCAAGAGGAAGACUUCCCAUAUUAUUUGGAAAUUUUUGAUCCAAUUAAAGAGGAAGACUCAGUUAUGGAGGCGCCUUCCCACACCAUCAAUGUCUGGACUGGCUUACACUACAAUAAUGCUAAAAACAUUAUUGAUGAAAACCUUAAAGUGAAGGAGGAAUUUGUCAAAGAAGAGUUUUAUGAAGAAGAAAUUAUAAUGAACGGAGAUACGACCUCAACUGUCUUGAAACAUAGGAGUGUUUUUCCUACUCUGAGGGAGAUAAUGCAAAAAAUUCACACAAAAAAGGCACCUGUCAAAGUCUCCAAGAUAUGAAAAUCACCUGCUGAAUGUACCUUAAUGCAUCACAACACACAUUCUAGUCUUGACAGUCUGCAAGGACUCAAGUCUGGCUAACUGGUUUUUCUGAAUCCCUUCACAAGAUACAGCAACAUCAUCAUUAUCAUCAUUCAACAAACCGGCUAUAUCUCACUGAGACAGGGUGGCCCUAAAGAAAAAAUGCAAGUUUCUCCUUUUAAAUUUAGUAAUAUAUACAGGAAAAGGGGUUACUAGCCCCUUGCUCCUGGCAUUUUAGUCGCCUCUUACGACUCUUAUGAAUGCAAGAUAUAUUUUACUAUUGUUAUUAUGGAAUAUGUUAAGAAUUAAGUUAUAGAAUAUUCUUAGUCACCACUUGUACAAUUUCCGUUCUGGUUUAAUAAAAGAAAAUAAAGCGGUUCACCUAUGGCAACUCAGAUAAAUGAUUCAUUGAUUUUUGUAACUAGACAAUGUGGAAGUCAUUGAGGUAAUUAAGUAUCAUAGCUGUUUCCACACUAGUGGAUGGAUGUCUGAGCGUCCACCACUUUCACACUAUUUUAACACUUCACAUGAAAGGUACACCUGCUGUGUAGCUUUGUUACUCUGUAGACAUGCAAGAUACACCUACUAUGUAGCUUUGUUACUCUGUACACCUGCAAGUUACACCUGCUGUGCAGCUUUGUUACUCUGUACACCUGCAAGAUACACCUGCUGUGUAGCUUUGUUACUGUGUGACCACAAAGUGAAUAUAGUACUGUACACCCAUGAUCUUGCCUUAUCAUAGUCAUUUGCUUCCUUUUAUCAUUUUUAUUGUGGGUUUUGGUGGGCUGAGGGAAUUUUGAGGGGCAUCAAUCCCCAAGGUGCCACCACUUCUAAAGUUUAUAAUAGUGUGGAAGUUAAAUACCUUUUUGCAAAGGAUCACUUGCCUCUUGAUAAUUAAUAUUUACAGACUUUGCAUAUUGUUGAAACCAUGUACAAAAAUAAUUUGUAAAUAAUGUAUAGCUGAGAUAUUCCUAUGUAAAGUAAAUACUAUGUAGAUUUUUUUUUUUUUUUUUUUUUUUUUUUUUAACAAGUCGGCCGUCUCCCACCGAGGCAGGGUGACCCAAAAAAGAAAGAAAAUCCCCAAAAAGAAAAUACUUUCAUCAUCAUUCAACACUUUCACCACACUCACACAUUAUCACUGUUUUUGCAGAGGUGCUCAGAAUACAACAGUCUAGAAGCAUACACAUAUAAAGAUACACAACAUAUCCCUCCAAAUUAGUGAAGUUUAGUGGGGAAAUCCACACAUACAUAUUGCUGAUAAAAAAAGUUUAUUUAACAAGUGUACACAAGACUAUUGUAAAAAAAUAUCAGUCUUAGAAUAAGUUUUGUUGAUCAAUUAUUGUAUAUUGAAUUUCAUAUACUAUAUUGGAGGUUAUUUUUUCAUGAAUUUUUGUUAAACUUUUUCAUUAAUCUGUGAUGUUUUCUAAGAUAAACCAGCAAGUUGCUCAUCGUCCACUAAAAUUAUAUAUAGAUUUCUGAAAAAAAUUUCCCAGUAUCAUAAAAUAUAUAACAACACUGUACUGCUAAAUGAACCCUGGGAAUAUUUAAAUCUGAGACAGGCAGUAAACUGAGUAUAAAUGUCAUUGAUCUUAAACCUAAGACUUUUUCUAUAUUUAAAACUAAGCAGCAGACUUGCUACAAUAAAGGCAUUAUGUAGCAAGUUAGUUAUUUAUUAACUUGAAAAAAUGUAAUUUUACCUUAUUUGAGCAGACUGUCUCUGAUACAUAUGAUUGUAGAUUUAUUCAUGAUUUAUUUUUUAACAUGUCUGCUCUCUCUCAGAUUACUGUAUUAUUAUUAUAAUCAAGGGGGAAGCGCAAGACCCGGAGGAUUAUACAGCACCUGGGGGGGGGGGGAUGUGGAAGGCAUUCAGGCUUAAUUCGGGGAACUGGAGCACAGAUCCAAUUCCCUAAAUCAAGAGCCCCUCACCAACAUCAAGGAACCUUCCUUGAGGGGCUCUCUCAGAGGCAGUCAACACUUUUAUCAUUCAUACAUAAUCACUGACUUUGCAUAAUAUAAUGUUGGUGAGGGGCUCUUGAUUUAGGAAAUUGGAUCUGUGCUCCAGUUCCCCAAAUUAAGCCUGAAUGCCUUCCACAUCCCCCCUCCCAGGCGCUGUAUAAUCCUCCAGGUUUAGUGCUUCCCCCUUGAUUAUAAUAAUAAUAAUAAUAAUUUGCAUAAUAUAGUCGGUCAAACAUUAACAAGUGGACUCUUAUAUAAUGUGACCUUGUGAAGUAUGAUUUUGUUCAACUCAAAAAUUAAAUAUCUCAAAAACUUGGUAUUUCAAGCAAUGAAUUUAAUAAAAAUUUAAGGAAUCAAAAAUUUGGGAAUGAUGAACCUCAUUGUCUGCUAUGUAGAUAUUUUAUAUAUAUAUAUAUAUAUUUUUUUUUUUUUUCAACAAGUUGGUCGUCUCCCACUGAGGCAGGGUGACCCAAAAAAGAAAGAAAAUCCCCAAAAAGAAAAUACUUUCAUCAUCAUUCAACACUUUCACCACACUCACACAUUAUCACUGCUUUUGCAGAGGUGCUCAGAAUACAACAGUUUAGAAGCAUAUACGUAUAAAGAUACACAACAUAUCCCCCCAAACUGCCAAUAUCCCAAACCCCUCCUUUAAAGUGCAGGCAUUGUACUUCCCAUUUCCAGGACUCAAGUCCGACUAUAAGAAAAUAACCGGUUUCCCUGAAUCCCUUCACUAAAUAUUACCCUGCUCACACUCCAACAGAUCGUCAGGUCCCAAGUAUCAUUCAUCUCCAUUCACUCCUAUCUAACACGCUCAUGCACGCUUGCUGGAAGUCCAAGCCCCUCGCCCACAAAACCUCCUUUACCCCCUCUUUCCAACCCUUUCGAGGACGACCCCUACCCCUCUUUCCUUCCCCUAUAGAUUUAUAUGCUUUCCAUGUCAUUCUACUUUGAUCCAUUCUCUCUAAAUGACCAAACCACCUCAACAACCCCUCUUCUGCCCUCUGACUAAUGCUUUUAUUAACUCCACACCUUCUCCUAAUUUCCACACUCCGAAUUUUCUGCAUAAUAUUUACACCACACAUUGCCCUUAGACAGGACAUCUCCACUGCCUCCAACCGUCUCCUCGCUGCUGCAUUUACCACCCAAGCUUCACAUCCAUAUAAGAGUGUUGGUACUACUAUACUUUCAUACAUUCCCUUCUUUGCCUCCAUAGAUAACGUUUUUUGACUCCACAUAUACCUCAACGCACCACUCACCUUUUUUCCCUCAUCAAUUCUAUGAUUAAUCUCAUCCUUCAUAAAUCCAUCCACCGACACGUCAACUCCCAAGUAUCUGAAAACAUUCACUUCUUCCAUACUCCUCCUCCCCAAUUUGAUAUCCAAUUUUUCUUUAUCUAAAUCAUUUGAUACCCUCAUCACCUUACUCUUUUCUAUGUUCACUUUCAACUUUCUACCUUUACACACAUUCUCAAACUCAUCCACUAACCUUUGCAAUUUUUCUUUAGAAUCUCCCAUAAGCACAGUAUCAUCAGCAAAAAGUAACUGUGUCAAUUCCCAUUUUGAAUUUGAUUCCCCAUAAUUUAAUCCCACCCCUCCCGAACACCCUAGCAUUUACUUCUUUUACAACCCCAUCUAUAAAUAUAUUAAUAAGUAUUAAUAAGUAUUUCCUGUGAUAUAGGUAUUAAGUAUUUUCCAUGAUGUAAGGGAAACCGACAUUUUAUAAGCAUUAAUUUCCUUGUUCAGUCCUCUCCACCCAGCUGUCCCUCAGUCAGCUGGUGAGAGAAGAACAGUGGAAGCUGGUAUAUAUAUCCUGAGAGUUACUAACACUCAUUACUUUAGUGGCUUCAAAUUUUUGUAUAGUAAUAGCAUUGGAAGUGUUACACUUUAUAAUGUUUAACUAGAGUAUCAGUGUAUUUUUGAAUAUACUUUAAUAAAA